UAUACUUGUAUUUUCUUUUUCUACCUGAAAAGCUGUGCUAAAAAGUGAAAACAUAUUUUUAACCUUCAAGUUAUUGACACAAAUGUUCAUAUAAUUUCAAUUUAUUGGUGGCAGAUAACGUAAUAAUUUUCCUUUAAAACUGUUCAGUACUAACGUAUUGAAAAAAAAAGGAAAUGGCAAGUUUAUUUAAUACAUUAUCUCGAAGGGUACCACAAUUGAUUAAAGUUAUUUCGCCUUCUAUUGCACAAUCUAAUCUCAGGAAAUUUUCUAUAUCUCCUUUGUUAACUGUACCAAGAAUUCAGGAACCGGCACCUAAUUUUAGUGGUACUGCCGUAAUUAAUGAUUCUUUCAAAACUAUAUCAUUGAGCGAUUACAAAGGAAAAUACGUAGUUUUAGUAUUUUACCCGUUAGAUUUCACUUUUGUAUGCCCAACAGAAUUAGUAGCUUUGGAUGCGAGAAUAGACGAGUUCAAAGCUCUAAAUGCAGAAGUAAUUGGUUGUUCUAUCGAUUCUCAUUUCUCACAUUUAGGUUGGAUGAACACAAAUAGAAGCGAUGGUGGAGUAGGUAAAUUGAGAUAUCCACUUUUGUCAGACAUUAACAAAGAAAUUGCUAAAACUUACGAUGUUCUCUUGGAAAAAGAAGGUAUCGCUUUAAGAGGGACUUUUAUUAUUGACCCUAAUGGCAUUCUAAGACAAAUUACCAUUAAUGAUUUACCUAUUGGAAGAUCUGUAGAUGAAGCUCUACGAAUUAUCGAAGCACUGAGAUUUGUAGAGGAACACGGUGAAGUUUGUCCAGCAAAUUGGAAAAAAGGAGAUAGGACUAUUAAACCCGAUCCUCAGGGGUCACAGGAAUAUUUCAAGAAAACCCAUGGUUAAAAUUCAAUAGAAAAUAUGUUAUAAAUUUAAAAUUUGUUGGGAAUAUAUGUACAAAACAAAAAAAAUAAGUGGCAAAAGAUAAGGGUGCAGAAGAAA